CAUCUUCCUAACUCCACAGAGACAGGGUCAGUGAAAUUGGAGGUUGAGGCAAUGGGGACAACUCGUGUCAGACAGCGAUCACGAUGGGGUUGUAAGAACUGCAAGCUUCGACGGGUGAAGUGCGACGAGAUCAAGCCCAUGUGUCGACAAUGCCAGGCUUAUGGGGUCUCCUGUAGUUUUACCUGCACUCAAACUAAGAUGCAGCCACUACAACCCGUGAUCGAGCAUGUUUUUGCUCCGCCCCGGCCGUCAGCUGGUUUACCCUGCUGGGUUUGCCCGACCGAUCGGCUUAUAGCUCAAUUCCAACUACUAAUCGCCCCGACCAUGAGCUAUGGUAACCGAUUAGAUGUUUAUCAAAACCAGGUGGUGGAAUUAGCACACACGACUCCGUUCCUUAAGCAUGCCAUCACAACGGUAGCCUUAACGUACCAGCGCCACACAACAAUCCCCAUCAGAUCGACUCCAGACUUGGUGGAAUCCUACCACUGGGAUCGAGCCUUGGUUGGCUUCAAUCGGAAGCUGUCGCAGAACCCUCAAUCCGAUGACAAAGCCGCUUUGCUGAGCACGUCCAUGCUUUUGUGGCUACUAGUCUUCUGCCACGUCGAUGCAUCGACUCCAGAAGAGGCCUGGCCGUUGUCUCCCAAUGUCAUUAGCGGUCCCACCUGGUUAAGGAUUGCGCGGGGGAAAGACGAAGUCUGGCGCCAGAUGCCCUCUCCGCCGCGAGACUGCAUCUCAGCGGCUCUGGCUCCGGUGGAAAACAAUCCGAUCAUCAAUCGACCUGCUGAGCCUCUGGCACCUCUUCAAGGUGUUCCCGAUCCAUAUAUGCGGCUAUUUGAUCUGGGCACAGGAAAACAGUCGUUGGAGUAUGAAUCGAUGUACCAUAGUGUCGCUGUCGACGUUGCGCAGGCGCUGUUCGCUGAUCGACCGCUUCUGCCGACAAUCCUAAGCUUCGUCACAUUUCUCAGCACCAUGUCUUCCAACUUCAAGUCGCUGUUGUUGGCGAAAGACCCUCGGGCGUUGCUGUUGCUGGCCUGCUGGUAUGGAAGGAUUCGCAGACUGGGAGUGUGGUGGAUGACCCCACGUACAGUGCUGGAAGGAGAGUCAAUUUGUCGAUAUCUAGAGCGAGGCUAUCCCGACAACCAAGACCUACAGGAGAUGAUAGUCUUUCUUCGGGCGCUAUGAGUCAAAGAUAGGGCAAUGAUCUCUUCCAUGUCGCUUUUCAAGUCCUACAUGUCAAAAGUCUUUAGUGCUUGAACUUUUGGUGAGUAUUUUCUUUUUUGACUGGCUUGGUGUUUGCGCUGGCGAG